ACCUGUAGUUCCCGGCUGCCCGUGCGGCGGCGGUGGUUGGGUGGUAAGAUGGCGGCUGUGAGUCUGCGGCUCGGCGACUUGGUGUGGGGGAAACUCGGCAGGUAUCCUCCGUGGCCGGGAAAGAUUGUUAAUCCACCCAAGGACUUGAAGAAACCACGUGGAAAGAAAUGCUUCUUUGUGAAGUUUUUUGGAACAGAAGAUCAUGCUUGGAUCAAAGUGGAACAGCUAAAGCCCUACCAUGCUCAUAAAGAGGAAAUGAUAAAGAUCAACAAGGGCAAACGGUUCCAGCAAGCUGUGGAUGCUGUUGAAGAGUUCCUCAGGAGAGCCAAAGGGAAAGACCAGACAUCAUCCCACACUUCUGCUGAUGACAAGAGUCGGCGUAAUUCCAGUGAGGAGAGAAGUAGGCCAAACUCAGGUGAUGAAAAGCGCAAACUUAGCCUGUCUGAAGGGAAGGUGAAGAAGAACAUGGGAGAAGGAAAGAAGAGGGUGACUUCAGGCUCUGCAGAGAGAGGCUCCAAAUGCUCUCUGAAAAGAGCCCAAGAGCAGAGUCCCCGGAAGCGGGGUCGGCCCCCAAAGGACGAGAAGGACCUCACUAUCCCUGAGUCGAGUACUGUGAAGGGGAUGAUGGCAGGACCCAUGGCCUCGUUUAAGUGGCAGCCGACUGCAAGCGAGCCAGUCAAAGAUGCAGAUCCUCAUUUCCACCAUUUCCUGCUGAGCCAGACAGAGAAGCCAGCUGUCUGUUACCAGGCAAUCACAAAGAAGUUGAAAGUCUGUGAAGAGGAAACUGGCUCCACCUCCAUCCAGGCAGCGGACAGCACAGCAGUGAACGGCAGUGUCACACCCACAGACAAAAAGAUAGGAUUUUUGGGCCUUGGCCUCAUGGGAAGUGGCAUUGUCUCCAACUUGCUAAAGAUGGGUCACACGGUGACUGUAUGGAACCGGACUGCAGAAAAAUGUGAUUUGUUCAUCCAGGAGGGGGCCCGCCUAGGAAGAACCCCCGCUGAAGUCGUUUCCACUUGUGACAUCACUUUUGCCUGUGUGUCGGAUCCAAAGGCAGCCAAGGACCUGGUUCUGGGCCCCAGUGGUGUGCUACAAGGGAUCCGCCCAGGCAAGUGCUACGUAGACAUGUCCACGGUGGAUGCUGACACGGUCACCGAGCUGGCCCAGGUGAUCGUGUCCAGGGGCGGCCGCUUCUUGGAAGCCCCAGUCUCAGGGAACCAGCAGCUGUCUAAUGACGGGAUGUUGGUGAUCUUAGCGGCCGGAGACAGGGGCUUGUAUGAAGACUGCAGCAGCUGUUUCCAAGCCAUGGGGAAGACCUCCUUCUUUCUAGGUGAAGUUGGCAAUGCAGCUAAGAUGAUGCUGAUCGUGAACAUGGUCCAAGGGAGUUUCAUGGCCACCAUUGCCGAGGGACUGACCCUGGCCCAGGUGACAGGCCAGUCACAGCAGACACUCUUAGAUAUCCUCAAUCAGGGACAGUUGGCCAGCAUCUUCCUGGACCAGAAGUGCCAAAACAUCCUCCAAGGAAACUUCAAGCCUGAUUUCUACCUGAAGUACAUUCAGAAGGAUCUCCGCCUGGCCAUCGCGCUGGGCGAUGCCGUCAACCACCCCACUCCUAUGGCAGCUGCCGCCAAUGAGGUGUACAAAAGAGCGAAGGCACUGGACCAGUCUGACAAUGAUAUGUCUGCCGUGUACCGAGCCUAUAUACACUAACCCUUCAAUGCCCCACCUCGCCCCUUCAUCUUUCUCUGGCCCCUGUUCCUCACAUGGGGUCGGGGUCCUGGGACUUAGCUCUGGACCAGCCCACCUGUCUCCAUUUCCUUUUAUACAGACUUUGCGACUUGCUGUCGGCCCAGUGUGUGGCAGCCCCUCUCUGAGAUCCUGGGCAGGGAGUGGGGCUGUCAGCACGGUGCCUGAUGAGGAAGCUCCUGGACUGGGCACUGGCCAUGGAGUAUGAAGCUGUGUAUUCUCUGUCUGUCUCUCUCUCUUUCUCUCUUUCUCUCUGUUUCUAUCUGUCUCUGUCUGUCUCUCUCUUACACACACACACACACACACACACACACACGUAUUCACACACUGGCUCUUGCCCCAGGAUAGAAGCUGCCCAGAAACUGCUGCCUGGCUUUUCUUCCAAGCUUGUCUCAUCUCCACCCCCUUGAGCAGAGGGACUAGAAUUGGCCCUGAGCACUGGACACUGCCCCAGUCCCCAGCAUGGAGGCGAGAGAGAGGUCCACAUCCCCACAGCACCAGGAGGGAGCAGCUCAGCCAAAGUGAACCAGCACAAACACCAACACAGGCUCCGUGGGCCCUCCAGUCUCAGGCCACCGGCUGGGGAGGAUUUCCCAGCUGGCCUCCUUUCUCAGGCCUUUGUGAACUGAAGAGUGACUGGCACAGCCUGCCAGGCACCUCUGUAGGGAGCGCAAGAGUGGCUGGCCUGCGGUGAGUGUGGCCGCCUCCCUCCGCGCUGCUCACCUUGGCCCUACCCCAGGUGCCCUGAUGUGAGCACUACUCCUCCUGGGCUGCUUUAGUAUUUGGAUUUGCAUUCCAGCCCUUGGGAAGGGUCCUGAGGGCACCAUGAGCAGUGGGGAAUGGGGCAGCGCCUUCCUGUUUCCGUUAAGACAGUCUCUUCACCUGGCCUUGAAGAGCCUCUCUGACUGACCACCUGCUCCUGCCUGCCCCGCACAGGUCCUGCAUGCCCCACCCUUCACCCCUUCCUCCCAUGGAGAGUGUCCAUGUCUGUCCCCCGUGUGGCCCAGACCCAGCAGCCUGCAAGCCAUGAGCACUUCUGAGGCCCAGCUCUUGUCUUCGCUCCAGGCAGCAUCAGGGUCUUCGGUGCUCCCCAGCCAGACCAGGGUCUUUGGAGGGGAGGGAACGGGCCUGACCUAACCUGACCACGGAGUGGGGCUGGGUGACCUCAGGCUCUGGCAUUUCUCCUUGACUAGGGGACCAGAAAGGGCAUAGGGUGUCACCUAGGAGCAAGGAGAAUUCAGCCUUGCUUCUCCUGGGUUGAGAUUCCAAUUGUGACUUGCAGGUGGGCAUUCAGGGUGUGGCCAUGCUGGUGUGGGGUCUCCCCCAAUAUUUUGGCCCUUUUCCUUGGGCUGGAACCUGCGUGGGAUCUCGGGAGGACUGGGUGGGCCGCUGGGAUCACUGGGAAGUUGAACUUGUUUUCUGUCUGAACACAGCCUGUCCUGGUCCUGGGGGACACGAGGGUGGGGGUGGGGGAACAUGCUGUAUGAGAACUGGUUAGUCAAUGUUGUCUUAAUAUUGUUGACAAUUCUGUAAAGUUCUUUUUAUGGAUAUUUCUGUUGAAGCUACUUCACCCUUGUUUUGAGAUCCUUCCCUUUUAAGGAGAAAAUGUGACACUUGUGAAAAAGCUUGUAAGAAAGCCCCUGUUCCCUUCCUUUAAUCUUUAAAUGACAAAUCUUCUAGGUGAUUAAGGUUGUGAAUUUUUAUUUUUGCUUUGUUUUUAAUGAACAUUUGUCUUUCAGAAUAGGAUUGUGUGAUAAUGUUUAAAUGGCAAAAACAAAACCUGAUUUUGUGCAAUUAACAAAGCUACUGCAAGAAAAAUAAAACAUUUCUUGGUAA